ACGAUAAUGUCGGUAAGUCCAAACAAGAUGAAGUUUGGUAGAACUACCAAGGGAGCAAUAGUCUCUUUUUUCUUCACUAUUUGAAGGUUUUUCUUCACUAUUUGAAGGUAAACUUAUGUUGUCUUCAUCCCUUAUAAUGCGCGAAGAACAACAUUUCUAUAUACCGGAAAUCGUUCAUACGGGAACAUAAUUAUUAUAGCAUAAUUCAUAUUAAUGGAUAUUAUUUUGCCAUGAUUUUAAAUAACAAGUUUGCAACAUUAGGCAAUGAUUUGUUUCGAGAUAUGCGCAAUAAAGUGCGGAAUGCAAAACUGCAGAAUUACCUUCAGGCGGAAGCAAAAAUAAUGAAGACAGAUAUCAUGAAUUACUUCGUAAAAUGUGUAAACAUUAAGAUUGGGAUAAGGUCUCCCUAAGGUUUCAGGUGUGUUGUCAUUAAAAUUAUCGUACAAAACGAUGCACCGCUUUAUAGACCAGCGUUUAUGCAGGGCCUAUUUCAAAUACAUUACAAGCGGGAUAAAUAUUGACAUAGAAAAGGGUUUUUAGGUGCGGUGUCUUAAAAUUAUUGCAAAAGUAGAUAUACAUACAAGAUCUCUCACUCCAUUAUCUUACAUUGUCAAAAAAACAAAUAAGUGAUUUACCCCAUGAUUUACUUUUGAUCACUAUUGGAUUACUAUACUCAAGGUGACUAUUGAUUUUCCUGCAUUCUGAUUGGUCAAGAUUCACUGUCUCGGAAGUGAUAGUCACUGGUCGGUGAUAGCUUUUUGUUGUUGCUUUUCAAAUAAAAAAUUGGAAGUAAUUAUAAAGUUUUAUGAAAUUGCGUUGAUUAUUAUUUGUAAACCCCUUCGGCUCAGUGAAUAUAGGCUUGUAAUCACCUCCGGCGACUAAUUGUUAAUUAUAUAUCUACCUACAUGCAGUGAAUAGUGUAAAUUGUAGAUUUGUUUUAUGUGUAGGAAUGCAGUCCGGAAAUUACCAAGCCCAGUUUUCACCAAUGAAUAUCACUGCUGAAGAAGAAGUCGGUCUCGAAGCUGUGCUACGACUGACAGCAACUGUGGCACAAAUGGAUGAAGUCGCAAGAAUUGCCAUUUGUGAAAGCCCAGCAUGGUUACCGCUGACAUCAUUGUUUGGUUUGCUUGGUUGUUCGAUUCCUACGUCACUAAAGGGUUGCAUACUUGAGACACUCUCUGCAUUCGCAAAGUCUCCUGAAACUACGGCAUCCAUGUGGCAAUCUUUAGAGACAUCACAGAUACUACAAACUGUUAAGCCCGUUGGACACGCUUUGCAAGAAGGAGGGCUUUUGGCUGAACUUGAGGAGAUUGAAUCACGUGGGGAGGCCUAUCCCGAAACACGCGCAUUUAUAAAACUAUUGGGCAACCUUACCCAGUAUCCAGUACCUGCAAACCUGGGCGCUGGAUACAGAGUGCCUGGGUUUACACCGUAUCUUGAGUUCUUGCGCGAUUCAGUUCUGCUGAAGUUCAAAGCAAGGGCUUACGUAGAUCCCAAUGAGAAGUGGCAAGUAGCAAGUGGAGUUUUGCAGAUAUUUGUCCAACUGCUUGAACAGCAUGAACCCAGCUCCGAUAAUAUGUCUGAAGAUUAUGUAGAGAUCAGUGGAAGGGAACGAGUCACGGUCGCCAAGUCUCCUGGGUAUACUCUGAUGGUACAUAUGCUGAAUGAAACAGCAAUGCUGAAAAUGAUUCUGUCGAUAAUUAAUGAAGCUUCCGAGCUGCUUGACAAAGUUACUGCAUUUCAAGGCAAUAAUGAUGACAUUGAAAUGAGCGCCUUACUUUCUCUCAAGAUGGUCGAAAUAACGAUGGAAAAGCAGCGAGAGUUUACGCGUUGUUUACGACAACAAAACUCGUCGGUGUUGGUGUCCUCGUUGGAUCAAUUGCUGCUUGGCGUGAGUGUGCGUUCUCAUGGCUUUGAUAGUAUCACUCAUAUUUCCAGGUACAUAACCCACACUCAUACCUCGCCAGAACUUACUCUAGUCGCUGUCAAGAUUCUCUUUUUGGUUUGUCAAACCCCGACUGUUCAACCAGAAAUCUACAACAGACUUACAACUAAUAAGGAACGAGCGCAGGAGCUACUGGUGGGUUUUGUUGAUCACCUCGAUACCGCUGAACACGAGGAGACUAGUGGAGAUGGAUCGUAUGAAGACAAAGGAUUUGAUGCAGGGUACGCAAGCAACAGCCAAAUCCGAGCAGCCAUUCGCCAGAAUAUUGUUCGAUUUUUGCUGUAUUGUUUGAAGUUACGCUCCCCGAAUCUCUCACAUUAUUUACUUGGAUUUCACGGACGAAAACCGAUACAGGAAUUGACAUUACAAGAUCCUGGUAUUCUUGGUACACCGCGUACAUGCCUGCAUUCCAUACUCGACAUCCUUAACCAAGGCCUGGACACUCCCCGUGGUCCUGGUGUCAUCCAUGACGCCCCCCGUCUCGCCGAGUUGUGCUUCCAACUCAUCUACGCCUUGUGUCAAAAUAAAGAAACUAGUGAGGCCUCGAUACGAUAUUUACGUACUAGCCAUAACUUUUUUUACUCCCAUCUCGUCCAUUUACCUCCAAAGGAACUCAUACACCCCGCCGAAGAUAAUGAACGUGGUAAUACAUCUUAUAAGCUCAACCAACAGUCUUGGCUUCUCAAAAGUAUCGCCACUGAACUGCGACUGACAGCGCAUACGCGCCAGCGAUCACACGUACAGCGUUUGCUCUCGUCCUUACUGAUGGAGCCUUCCAUAUCGUAUGCACAGCGUUCCGAACUCGUGGUUGACCCACUAGAAGACACAGAGCUGUCGCGAAGCACUAUGGGUAGCAGUGGAAGCCGGAAACUUACAAGAAUUCUUGACUCGAUUAAUUUCAAUCACGAGCUUCCAUCCUCCCUACAAAGCGUUCUAAAUUAUUUUGAACCAACAGCCACCGAAGCCGUGAUUACUUCAUGCAAUGAAAACAAUAGUGAUUUACCAUUCGUUUAUACGAAUUUACGUAAGCUACAUAGGCUCCUCAUGACCGAACUAGAGGCGGUGCAAGUACCGGCCACAGAGGUGCAGAGGCAUCUUUUGGUUCAUGAAGUGAAGAGAAUUAUGAAUUAUUCUCUGGAGCGAAAUCGUUUUCGAGAAGAGCUUUAUUCCAAGCAACACGCGUUUGAGUCGUGGCGACAGUUAGUUGAGGUGAUUUUAGCAAGUUGCCCUCCGGAGUUGUUGAAUCGUGAAAUUAAACAGACGAUUAUUUUUGAUCUCAUGCGAUAUCUGUUAAACAAGAUGUCCGAUGAAAAUUCAGCACCUGAAUUAAUCGCCCCAGUCUCUGGGGUUGUGCUAACAUUGAUGGCUCAUUUACGCCAGUCUACCUUGCCUUCUGGAGAGGAUCUGCCGUCACGUGGCACUGUUGCGUCAGCAUGGCGUGACGAUGAUCAAACAGAGGAACUGGAUCUUCCGACCGAACCUUUACAUGCGAUAUUUCAGAGUCUCAUUCAAGCUUUGUUAAAAACAAGCGGGAAUUACCAACGUGUUAGAGCUAACCUAUACGGGAGCCUGCUGUACUAUCUGCAGAUUGGUCAGCGUAAGAAGGACCGGCGUGAAAGUCUUGAUACGGCACUUCAAAGGAAGAACUAUGAAAUUAUCUCAAGUUUUGGCGAAUCCUUCAUGGAGAUAGUUUGCCGUGACUCUUGUGAUGGUCAUGACGUUACUAGGAUGCUAGCGUGUGCUGUACUCGACUCGAUCGUAGCAAUCGACUGGCGCCAUCGCUGGUUGCAGUUUCUAAAUACAAAGGGCUAUCUACGGCAUCAUAUUGAAAGUCUACUCCAGGAGGAUGAGAACUUACAAAAUGCGUUGCGGCCUAGUCCUGAACCUCUCAAAUCCCUCUAUGUCUACGAAUCAAGAAUGGCUCUAUUGACAAGACUUUCCCAGACACCAGAGGGUGCUAAUGCGUUGCUGAAUGCAGGAGUGAUGUCUCGUCUUUCUGAAUGUCGCUUUAUUGAUCUUCGUCCUAAUGGGUCUGCAGGCAACUUCAACACGCACCGUCACUCCAGUCACUCAUCUGAUCACAUGCCUACGAUGACGUCUUCGGGUGAUACAUUUAUUCCCUCGAUUAUGGAACGAUAUCAGCAGUUAUUGAUCCCCGCUCUGCGCAUGUCUCUAUCGCUUCUAACGUCACUUGGUCAAGAACAUCAUGAAGCUUCAAUGCAGAUCUUACAUUUCAUCGUCGCUCAUUCAGAAGUAUUUUCAGACAUCUUACAAGAGCAAACAGACAGAGUAACUGUGUCUUCGUUACAUGAACUGUACCUGGUCAGUGGUAUAAUAUGCAAGUCAGGUAUCACUGAGGACUCUUUCUCGGAGGAGGAGACUAGGUUGGACGAUAUAAUGAAGUUCAAAGCACCACUAUCCAGAAUACAAAGGCUCAUGUUGGCACUUCUUCCGAAGUAUAGCGUGCGCGAGAAUUGGGAUAAAAUUGUGCGAGAUGUACUUGAUGUUGCAUUGCAGUAUAAUGUCGUUGCUCUUGAAACUUACCAAACAUUGCAGCAGAUAUAUGGCAACUUGAUUACCUACUGUAAAAAUGUUGUCGUUUCAGGAGUUCCUGGUUCAAACCAUUGUCGAGUUAUCUUCGCUCCAAAUUUGACCGACGUGUAUGCCAGAGACAGUUUGUUCAAUAGACCAGUUUCUGUUGGCCUUAAUGCGACGAGCAGUCGACCAAGUCUUGCUAUUAUUGUCCGUAAUCUCAAGGUAUGCAGUGACAAGGUCUUGGACUGUGUCGAAGCGAGCAAACAAGCAAGCAACAGACUAAACAACAUUGAUGAACUCAAUAUGGACGAAUUGAGAGAGUUUGGACUACAAUAUUCAUCCUUAACCGAGCGAAUGUCAACGCAACAAAAACAACAACUGGCUUUCAAAUGUCUUCGAGAUGUUGUCAAAUAUCGCGAUGAUGAACUCGAUAUGUACUUAUAUAUUAUCGAGAACUCAUUAUUCGUUUUAUGUAAACACCUGGAGUAUUACUAUUUGUACUGUAAUCCCUCUGAUCGCGAGAUGUCCACGUUGCACAGUUCAUUGGCAGGGAGGACCAAACCAAGGCGACUUCAAGAUUAUGGUUUGUAUGAUGACGAAUUGUCAAGUGAUCGUGGGCAGUUGCAUAGUAAAUUUCAUACUGGAGUAACAAUAGCUGACAUUGAAAAGCUAAAAACUGAAGCAUCCACUUGUUUGACCGACACCUUUCUAAGAAAACUUCGAGAUAUAGAAAAGGCACACAGCAAAGAGCAUACCCGAGCGGGUUUUGUUGAUGCCUUAACCAGAAAAAUCAAAAGACUUCUCGUACUUCAUGGACCUACGACUAGAUAGAUUCAUUAAAAGUGUUUGUGUUGAAAAUAAGACAACAAAAUACAUGUUAAAUUUGAAUUUCAUGCAUUUAGAAUCAGUUGUUUCCUAUUUAUAGAUUGGAUGUAGUACUAACGAUAGAUGAGAAAAUAUGGUAUUUUUAAGCGCAAUAGAAGUAGAACUGAUCAUAGGAGAUACUAUAUACAAUAAAAUUAUAUUGUGCUUGCAGUUGCAUAAAAAUCGUAAAUUUGGUUGCACAGUCAAAAGAACAUGCACGGACACGAACUAGAUUUAUGUAAGAAUGCUAACUAUUCAGGUAGCAAUGAUGGUCAGUGAAUUUUCACCAAUCAGACCGCAGGAAAAUCAAUAGUCACCUCGAAAUUUAUACUAAUUUUAAUAUGAGCGUAUUUUCGAAUAACUUCAAGGUCUACAAAGCAUUGCCAUACAAAUCUACCAUCCAAAUGCGGAAAGGCGGCGCUAC